AUGCCACCACGCAAUCUGAGCUCUUCUGCCCCUUCAAAGUCCUCCGAAAUUGUGCCUCCGGGCUACUCCAUUGAUCCCAACGCCGGACCUAUGCUUCGAUUUGAAGCGUCAUUGCCGCGACUUCCCGUACCACCGCUUUCUUCUACCACGGCGAAAUACCUGGAGACAGUCCGGCCUCACCUCUCGGAUGGCGAGUACUCGAAAACUCAGAGUGCUGUUAAAGCCUUCUUGGACUCUCCCCUCGCGCAUGAGCUGCAAAAGAGGUUAGAGUCGCGAGCGGCUGAUCCGAACGUGAAGAACUGGCUCGCGGACUGGUGGAACGACGCUGCGUACAUGGCAUACAGGGACCCCGUGGUCGUAUACGUCAGCUACUACUACCUGCACCUGGAUGAUAAGCGCGUCCGCGAUCCAGCGAAGAGGGCCGCUCAGUUGGUAAAGGCUAUGUUGCCCUUCAGGGAGAUGACGGAAAGUCAGAGGCUAGAGCCGGAAAAGGUUAAGAACGCACCACUGUCCAUGGCUUCAUAUCAGUGGCUGUUCCACGCUUGCAGAUACCCUACAAAGCCUUCUGAUACCGCUCACAAAUUCGAUCCUCUCACCCACAACCACAUAGUUGUGAUCAGGAAGAACAAGUUUUUCGAAGUUCCUUUGACGCAUGAUGGAAAGGAACUCAGCGCAGCUGAACUAGAAGUCCAAUUUGAGCGCAUUAUACAGCUCGCUGGAUCCGAAAAGGCGACGCCCGUUGGCGCACUUACUAGCGACAAUCGUGAUCUCUGGGCCGAUGCCAGAAAUGCUCUUCUAGAGGCGUCCCGGGACAACGCGAAGCUGCUCGAGCGAGUCGAAUCUGCCAUGGUCAUUGUAUGCUUGGACGACACGGCACCUGUCACACGUGAAGAUGCAUCAUGGGCGUGCUGGGUUGGAGAUGGUCGCAAUCGCUUCUAUGACAAGCACCAGCUCAUCGUCUUUGAGAACGGCAAAUCAGGCUUCUUGGGCGAGCACUCUUGCAUGGAUGGCACCCCUACUCUCCGCAUGAACGAGUUUAUGUUGGCCUCCCUCGCCGCCAACAAAAUCGACCUUGGUGCCCCGCGUACCUCAUCCACAGCCUCUUCCGUCCCUCCACCUCGUGAACUGUCCUUCGUACUUGACGCCAAGACCAAGAAACACAUUGAGGAAGCCGAGACGAGGUUUGAUGAGCUUGCAGGUCAGCACGACAUGGAAGUGCUGCAUUACGAGGGUUAUGGCAAGGAGUACAUCAAGAAGUUCAAAGCUAGCCCGGAUGCGUGGGCGCAACUAGUGAAACAGCUCGCGUUCCACAAGAUGUUUGGGCGGCCGGGCGUGUGCUACGAGAGUGCGCAGACAAGGAAGUAUCAGCUGGGCCGUACGGAGGUUAUCCGGAGCGCUAGCAACGAAAGCAAGGCAUGGGCGGAGGCAAUGCUGAACCCUGAUGAGACAGAUGAACAUCGCUCUACACUCUUCCGCCGUGCUGUUGCCCGUCACCUCCAGUAUGCUGCAUGGGCUGCGGACGGCCAAGGUGUUGACCGGCAUCUCUUCGGUCUUAAGAAGAUGCUGCGCGAAGGCGAACCAGUGCCAGAGAUAUACACUGACCCUGCGUUUUCCAAGACGAAUCACUGGGAGCUGUCUACGAGCCAGCUCUCUUCCAAAUUCGUGGAUGGCUGGGGAUACGGCGAAGUUGUACCUGAUGGAUAUGGUCUUUCAUACUCGAUCGGCGACAAUUAUAUCCGAUGGACGAUCACGAGUCUGAAGCGCAGAACGGCGGAGCUGAAGCAUUACCUGGCUGAGGCUGCAACCGAAACGAAAGAGAUGAUGGAGCGCGCAGCGACAGCAGCCGGGGUUAGCACAGCGGACUCGAAAGCCAAGUUAUAA